GCUGGUGUGCGUGGUGUGACGUUUGACGCUAAAGUUUCUCACGCACACUAACGCGCCUUCAUUAUUUUUGUCGUGACGCUCACUUCUUCCUUCUUCAUAAAGGUGUUUAAAGUGAUAUUUCUACCCAACCCGUUAAAGUUUCCAAUUCUAUUCGUGUCUCAUCGGCUUACUUAUGAACUUCGUAGUGUUUUUAUUGUGAUAAUAAUCAACUAAAAGUGUCAGUUGUCAAGACAUAACCUCUGAUAAAUUUCUUGGAACCGUGCGUGCUACGUUCGAGACGAGACCUUGAUAACUAGUUCCUUGGACAAACGAAGAGACAGUUAUUAUUAUAGGAUGCUCAUGGAGACGCCCUGCAGGGUGUAGCGCACAAUGACGAAGAGGCUCCCUCCGACCUGAACAUAAGUGAAGUGUUACAUGCCAUCUCGAUAGCGGACCCGACGUUCGGCGUCGGCGUGGAAGAGAUGUACCGGCAGCCGGCAGUGCCGCCACCGUCGGUGCCGCAGCCCUCCGGGGCUCCCAAGAUGCCCUACGUGAGGAUCAUCGAGCAACCGGCCGGCAAGUCGUUGCGGUUUCGAUAUGAGUGCGAAGGGCGGUCGGCAGGCUCCAUUCCCGGCGUGCACAGUACGUCGGACAAGAAAACUUACCCCACGAUCGAGGUGGUCGGCUACACGGGCCGGUUUGUCGUGCUUGUGUCCUGUGUCACCAGGGACAAGCCGUACAGGCCGCACCCUCACAACUUGGUGGGCCGUGAGCCGCUGUGCAACCGCGGCGUGUGCACCGUGGAGUGCACCACGGACACCUCCAUUGUGCAGUUCAGCAAUCUCGGCAUCCAGUGCGUCAAGCGCAAGGACAUCGCGGAGGCGCUGCGCGUCAGAGAGGAGAUUAAAGUCGACCCCUUCAAGACUGGCUUCAGUCACAAGAACCAACCCCAAAACAUCGAUCUGAACGCCGUCCGGCUUUGCUUCCAAGUGUACAUCCCGGGUGGCAACACUAGCAAGAUCAAGCAGGCGCUGAUCCCGGUGGUGUCGGAUAUCAUCUACGACAAGAAGGCCAUGUGCGAGCUGCAGAUCAACCGGCUCAGCACGUGCGCGGCCAGCGUGCGCGGCGGCACUGAGCUCAUACUGCUCUGUGAGAAGGUGACCCGCGACGACGUGGACGUAGUGUUCAGCCAGGCGUUCGACGACGGCUCCGUGUGGGAGGCGUCCGCCAACAUCGUGCUGGUGCACAAACAGGUCGCCAUCGCCUUCCAGGCGCCGGCCUACCGAGACCCCAUGUGCAUGGAAAACGUCAAGGUGAAGAUUUUCCUGAAGCGAGUAUCGGACGGCGCCCGCAGCGCGCCGGUGGACUUCGAGUACACGCCCGACUACGCAGGUACCACGCGCAAGGCGCUCCCCGACCGCGCCGUGCUGUCUCUGUUACUCGCCGACCGCACCGACUCCAACAACAACGACGACAAGCGCGCCAGCUGCUCCAGCGACAGCGCCAGCGCCAGCGACUCCGGCGACAGCGGCGAGGCGGACAUCGCCGACCUCAACGGCACCGCCUCCGACCCGCCCCUCGAAACCGAGAAGGGCCUCGACGAGCUCCUCGACCAGGUCGCGGAGCUCGACGAGAUCUAUACCGAGAAUCGCACUCGUUUGCAGAACGUCGCCAGCGCGGAGAGCGAGGACGCCGACGACUUUAACGACGCCGGCACCUACACUAGCCUCCAGCUCGCGUUCAGGAACCCCGUUCUGAUCUCCGAACCGGAGCAGUACGAGGAUGUUCAGGUGCAGACGUACCGCGGCCCUAUUAUAGAAUUUGCGCCCCUCAAGCGGGACACGGACGACGAGCGCGCCCCUCCUUUGCCUCCCAAACGCAUUCGUAAAACUCCCUCGGUCGAGGGUUUUAAAACUUCCCAGACCUCCGUGAACAGCUUCCUGAAGCCGGGUCGACAGUUACCUAUAACGCGUAACUUAGACACCGGCCGAACUGAACUUACCAUGGCUAGGAGCGAGCCGGCGUUGCCACCUGCGCCUAAGAAGCGUUCCUUCCUCUCCCGUCUCUUUAGACGAAAGGAAAAAUCACCCGCUCCUAGUAUUAAAUCUGAAGGCAAAGCGAGCAAGAAGAGUAAACCGGUGGGCCGCUCUGUCAGCAGCGUGUCCGGCGUGCGACCGUCCAAGUUCAAGUCGUCCGUGUCGCACACGUCUCUAAAAGAUAACGCGUCCGGUACAGGCCUUAGCUACGCGGAUAGCGUCACCCACAUUUCGCUUCACGGGGACGACAAUGAGAAAACAACCUCUCAGACUCGUCUAUCCCGACCCGCAAGCUUACACCCCUUACCACCGACUGAUGGUGAUACCAUCCUUGUGGCUGAAAGCGUUUUAGCCUUGGAUGCUUCUCAGUUUAAAAAGCUCCAGGACGACUUGGAUUUAACUGAUGCUGAACAUUACGCUUUAUACAUGGCGGUCGCUCCACACGCUACCGUGUCCGAGUUUGACGAAACUAGUUGUUACUAUUCGCCGGUAGAUGGAAGCAAAUUUCAAAAUUAAUCGGUUGUAAGGGAAAUAAAAAUUUCAAUUAUUUUCUGCCUACUUAUAUAUAAACACUAGUCUGAGACUUGAGUAAUCUAGUCCGCCCCGUACUUAGCCAAAUUUUUCUAGUAUUUUUUCCUUAGGAUAGUAACUUAUUA